AUGAAAGAGUUGGAAAAAGCUUCAAGGAUUCAGGGAAUGGAGGUUAACAGAGAUAAAGCUAAGGGAGUUCUAGCUCUGUUACAAGAAAGUCAGGAAAAGGAAGCUAAAACUUUCAAAAUGAAUGAAGCUACAGUAGUUGAAGGGAAGGAAUCGGGAACCGAACUUAUGGACACAAGAUUUCAGAUCAUCACAGAUUUGGUAUCCAAAGGAGAUGUUGUCCUAAACAAGAUACUAAAAACAAUUGAACCAACAGAUGUUAUGACUCAAGCAAUAGAUGGAGAGGACUUUCAUGCUUGCUACGAUCUCCUCAACAUCGUAAGGAGGACGACACAGCUCCAGGCGCCUGGAAAUACGGUGAGGAGACUUAUAUUCCAGGUGGAGCUGCAGAUUCUGAUUCCAUGUGGAGUUUCUGUGAUGAAGAUUCAAGAAAUCCGAGUUAGGAUUUCAGCGGCUCAAAGGGGAAAAAGAAUCAGCAGCAAGAGAGGAGAUGAUUCAUGGUUAAGAGAGUACCUGAAGUCAUCAAGGAGAAAAAGAACACCAGUUCAUCAAAGGAGCUGCUGUGAAAAUUCAAAGUUAGAAUGUUAUGUAAUCUAUGAAAAUCGAAAGAGACCUAAUGAAGGAAGAUCAGGACUGUGA